CACUACACUGCAUCAGUUUCUCGCCGCCGGCAGAGAAGCUACAAAGUCCCACCGAUUUCCCCAAAGUCCCACCGUAGAAUUUUGAUGUCUUUUGGAUGUUGAAAAGCUGACUCACAAAAUUUCAUUGAAAGGCACAAUGCUCAACUCAAGAUAUGAACUUCAUAAUACUAUCGGAAAAGGUGGAUUUGCAGUGGUACAUAGGGCCACUGACCACGAAUAUGAAAGAGAGGUUGCUAUUAAGGAGAUUCACUUUUCUAAUACAAAACAUGGAUUACCAUGUGAGAUCAUGAGGGAAAUCUCUUUGUUGAGGGAAUUGAGUCAUCAAAACAUUGUCAGGUUAUUCAAUGUGGAGAAACUGCCAUUCAAUGCCUGCAGGCUUGUGAUGGAGUACGGGAAGUGUGACCUUGCCAUGUACAUCCGGGGGCAUGCAACUACUGGAAUCAACCCAAAUAUGAUAAAAACAAUUCUUUUGGGCAUACUUAGAGGUCUCACCUAUUGUCAUUCUCAAAAAAUUAUGCAUCGAGAUCUGAAACCUCGUAAUGUAGUCAUAGCUCCAGAUGGAGUCAUUAAACUAGCUGAUUUUGGCCUCGGAAGAGCAUUUGAUGUCCCUCAUCCAAAGUAUUCUCGCAAUAUGGGAACUACUCCUUACAAAGCACCUGAGGUCCUGUUUCAACUCCCGUACACUAAUUCAAUUGAUAUGUGGGCUGUCGGUUGCAUUUUUGCUGAGCUUGUGAGACUAAAGCGACUGUUUCAGGGGAAGCUAUCAGGUGAUGUAAUAAGGCGAAUUGUAAGAACAUUUGGGAUGCCACAGGAGAAAGACUUGCCUGGAGCUGCAGAGAUAUGUCACAGAAGUAAAAUAACAGAGCCGGAUGAUAGAUCAAGAACCGGCCUUGAAAGUCUUGUUCCUGGCCUCGCAGCAGAAGGACUCGACCUUCUAAAGAAGAUGCUGUGCUUGAAUCCACACAAAAGGAUAAGUGCUGCGGAUGCACUGCUGCAUCCAUACCUAAAAGAAUUCAACAUGAGUCCGGAGACCCUCCUCGACCAAGGUUUGGAUCCCUUCGGCAUCUUUGAGGAGUUCUAACUGUGAAUGUGACUUUCGAAGAAUAUAAUUCAUGUACAGCUCUCAUUAUGUACUCUAGUAAAUGUCUUUUGAGGGGCUCUAUGCAAAUGAUCUCCCUCUCGACUUACGGCAUUUUCCUACCAAAAAUGUGUCGGAAAUUUAUGCUUUGUUUUUGGUGUGUUGCUGUUCUACAGCUGGAUAC